AUGCCUAUUUUGAAUCAUUUAGCCACCAAAGUAAAGCAAAAGUUUCGUAGCGGCGUCAAUAACGUUGUGAGAGGCAACGAAGAUGAUGAACGUGAAGAACAGUAUUUAGCUGAAGGACAUCGUUUUGAAUCCUUUGCGCCCAUCAGAGAAAAUGCCAUGGUCAAGUAUUUCAUCGACGGUCAUGAUUACUGCUGGGCUGUUGCUGAGGCCAUUGAAAGUGCAAAGGAAGUUGUCUUUAUCGAAGAUUGGUGGUUGUCUCCUGAACUCUAUUUGAAAAGACCUCCCGCCAAGUAUCCCGAAUACCGUAUUGAUGCCUUGUUGAAACGUAAAGCCGAAGAAGGCGUCAUGAUUUAUGUCGUUGUCUACAAGGAAAUCGAAUUAGCUUUGACACUUGACAGCGCUCACACCAAGAAAGCUCUGCAGGACUUGCAUGAGAACAUUGUUGUUCAAAGACAUCCUGAUCACGCUAUUGGCGGUACUUACUUUUGGUCUCAUCACGAAAAGUUUGUUGUGGUUGAUAAUCGUAUUGCCUUCUUGGGUGGUAUUGAUCUUUGUUACGGUCGUUGGGAUACUCACAGCCACAGAUUAGCGGAUUUCACCUAUGGCCCUGACCCUCAUAUGGAAAUCUACCCAGGCCAAGAUUAUAGUGAUGCUCGUGUCAGAGAUUUUGAAAAAGUUAAAUUAUGGGACAUGAAAUUGAUCGAUAAGACGACUGUUCCUCGUAUGCCUUGGCAUGAUAUUUCUCUUUGCAUGCUUGGUACUCCAGUGUUGGAUGUUUCACGUCAUUUCUGUGACAGAUGGAAUUUCAUCAAGAACUCAAAGUCUUUAGAUAAGUCCAAGGCUCCCUUCUUGAAGCCUCCACUUGGUGGCUACAGUCAUUAUCAAAAUUUCAAGAUCAACCUUGAUGACAAAUUGCUUCACUCUUAUCAUUUCGGUCAUCAAACCGCCGGUGUCAAUGGCUCUGUCAGAGCUCAGGUUCUCCGUAGUAGUGCCGAAUGGAGUUCUGGUAUUAAAUUAGAGCACUCCAUCCAAAAUGCAUAUAUUGAGACUAUCACCAAUGCUAAGCAUUAUAUUUACAUUGAAAAUCAAUUCUUCAUUACAUCAACCGAGAAAGAUGACAAGUAUAUUCUCAAAAAUCAAAUCGGUACUGCUAUCGUCAGUCGUAUCGUCCAGGCUUAUGAAAAUGGUGAAAAAUUCAAGGUGUUUGUCUUGAUGCCUUUGAUGCCUGCUUUCCCUGCUGAAUUAAGUACAAAGGAUGCUGCUACUGCUAGACUUGUCAUGUAUUAUCAAUAUAUUUCCAUCUGUAGUGGUGAUAACAGUAUCCUCCAACAAUUGAAAAAGAAGAAUAUCAAUGCCGAUGACUACAUUCGUUUCUACAGUUUGAGAAGCUUUGAUCGUAUCAACCGUGCUAGAGCCGAAGAAAUUCUCGCACGUAAUGCUGGCUAUACUCCCAACGAAAUUACCAACCAAGCGCCUACGGACGAUGUCCAGCAACCCAACGGCCUCACCAUCCCCGGCCAAGAAGUUCAAGUCUGCCGCACGGCUAUCACUGAAACCGUCGCUGACUAUGUGACCGAAGAAUUGUACAUUCACGCCAAGCUGCUUAUUGCUGAUGACAGAGUCGUCAUCAUGGGCUCUGCCAACUUGAACGACCGAUCUCAAUGCGGUGACCGUGACUCUGAAAUCGCUUUGUAUGUUGAAGAUCAGGAUAGGAUCUCUUCUCGUAUGAACGGUGAGCCCUAUCAAGCUUCUCGUUUCGCAGCUACUUUGCGUCGUCAGUUAUGGAAGGAGCAUUUGGGCUUACUUGAUGAGGAAGAGUUGGAUACGGUCACUCCUGCUAUGUUGCCUUUGCCCGUUCCUUCUCCUGACUAUACUCAAACAAAGGAGGAUUUCUGGGUCAUGGAUCCUUUGGACGAUGAAACGCUCAACAGAUGGAAUAACACUGCUGCUACCAACACAAAGGCCUUCCGUGAAGUUUUCCAUUGUGUUCCUGAUGAUACUAUUACCACUUGGGAUGAAUAUCACAAGUUCUAUCCUCCUACUGAAAAGAUUGAAUUGGGCCACGUUUUCGAUCCUAACAUGUCCCUUCAAGAAGUGCGUCAAAAACUGAGUGUCGUUCAUGGUCAUUUGGUUGAGUUCCCUACAAAGUUCUUGUCUUGUGAAGAUCUUCAAGGUGAAUCUAUUCCCAUUGUCGGUGCUUCUGUGCAAGAACUUUACACUUAA